AUGGAUCACUUAUUUUUCGCUUACGAGCGUGUGGUGAUGCCUUGCCACAACAUGAACUGUGGUGACGUGGUGCACAGAAGUACCUUGGAUCCAGUACUGCGCCUUGAACAGCGAGGUGUAACCCCACAAGGCGUCGCCCUGGUCUCAGCUGUCAUCGCUUACCUCUUCGCCAAGCCAGGUGUGCUGGCUGGCGCUAUUGAUUACUACAUUCUCGACAAAUUCCAGCGCCUGACAAAUACGAAAACCUACACCAAGGAAAACAUCCGUCUGGGAAAGAAGUUGGCGACGGGCGGCUUUGGGACUGUGUAUCGAGCAGACCUCGUUGAUGACGAGGAGCCUGGUGAACCACGGCCUGUGGUUGUUAAGAAGGCAAAGGAGUUUGGAGAGGCAGAGGUGUGGAUGAACGAGCGGCUGAUGAGGGCAGCACCCAGCUGCUUUGCUCGCUUCAUCACCGCCUUCGAGGACGGCAACAGGCAAAAUAGUGGCAAGCCUCCGCUGUGGCUGGUGUGGCAGUACGAGGGGGACUUCACGCUGUACGACCUGAUGCAGAAGAAGGACUGGCCCUACAACCUGGAGCCGGUGCUGUUCGGCCGCGAGCUCAAUCUGCCCAGAAGCCCCCGCCGCCGCUGGAUCACCCUCCGCGUCAUCAUGCAGCAGAUAAUGGAGGCACUGCAGGCGUGCCACGCGACGGGGAUCGUGCACCGGGACGUGAAGCCGCAGAACGUCAUUUUGAGUGAUCCCGACCGCCGCGCCAAGCUGAUCGAUCUGGGCGCGGCCGCAGACCUGCGCAUUGGCAUCAAUUAUGUGCCCAACGAGUUCCUGCUAGAUCCCCGCUACGCGCCCCCCGAGCAGUACAUCAUGUCGACCCAGACGCCGCGCGCGCCGCCGAUCCCGGUGGCGGCCACGCUGUCGCCGAUCCUGUGGCAGCUGAACAACCCGGACCGCUUCGACAUGUACAGCGCGGGCGUGAUGCUGCUGCAGGCCUGCAUGCCCGCCCUGCGCUCCGACUCCGCACUCAUCGCCUUCCGCCGCAAGCUCGAGCAGUGCAACUACGACAUGCCCGCCUGGCGCGCCCAGCAGGAGAGGAGGAACAGCAGGGAGUACACGGAGGGCUUUGCGAUGCUGGAUCUGGACGACGGCGCGCCGUGGGACCUGGUGUGCUCGUUGAUGCAAGCCGCGCCGCGCAAGCGCCUGAGCGCCUCCGCGGCCGCCGCACACCCAGCCCUUGGCGGCGGCAUCACUGCCGCGCUCAACUCGCUCUCGCGCCGCGCAGGGGAUGCGGCUGACCGGGUGCGCGCUCUCUGA